AUGGGCAGCGCCAGGCCGGGCUGGGACGGGCGGCGGGAGCUGCGGCGGCUCCGGGACGCGGGGCUGGAGCUGCCGGGGGCGGCUGACAGGGCCAGCUCGGCUCUCUGCAGUGCCAGCCCGGAGCGGACUGCCCCCGGGAUGGCCACUCCCAUGCCGGACACCCCGGGGCGCUGCCCCCCUCGGCCCCCCAACCCAGCCCUCAUCUACAGCAACGUGGGAGAGCUGCGGGCCCACCUCGUUCCCCCCAAGGCCAGCCGAGGGGAGGGCGCUGGGAGACCCCUCCCUCAGCCCCUCCCGGACCCCCAGCCGCCCCCACUGCCCAAAAAGCAGCUCCAGCGAGCCGAGUCCCUCCCGGAGCCGCGAUCAUCCCACCGCUACCAUGGCGACCCUGAGCCACGGGCUGGCAGCAUCUUCUACAGCAUCCCCCCUUCUACAGCCCAGCUGCGGCACGGGGAGGGGGCUCCCCCGCGGGACAGACCCUCCUGGGCACCCAAAAAACCCCUGACCAAGUCCCAAAGCCUGGGGGAGCCGCUGGCCCGAGGCAGCCCCCAGGAAGCCCCAUCAGCCAGCCUGAAGGAGCUGACGUUUGGGACAGCAGAUGGGGAGCUGGGGCAGCUCCUGGAGAGCCCAGCCGGGGUCUGUGGAGUGGUUUUGGGGUGCCAGGAGGCCUCCCUGGCCCGGCUGUCGGCUCAGAUGCAGGAGGAGCUGGUGGGGCCCGAGCAGAGGCAGCAGCUGCUGCAGGCAGAGCUGGCAGGGAAGGGCUGGGCAGAGCUGCGUGUCCUGGACCCCCAGCCCUGCUGCCAGAGCGGGGACGCCUGGUACUUCAGGGUGGGCUUCACCUUCCAGCACAGCCUGCUGCAGUGUGCAGCCAAGGUGCCCAAGCCGUGCUGCUCCAGCCUGGGGGUGCAGAGCUCCCUGGGGACUCACUGCAGCAUCCAGCGCCUGCUCGGCCGCUUCACCGACCGCCUGCCCCAGGAGCUGGUGCUCCCAGGAAUCCCUGGAAAACACAGCCAGGGCCCUUCCAGAGGGGAAGCAGCCUGUCCUGCCCCCCAGCCCGUGCUGCAGGUGCUCCUUUGUGCCGAGGUUCCCCAGCAGACCCUGGCAGACUUUGUGAAGAGCUCCCACGCUUUGCACAGGACCAGCCCCGGGCACUACGAGCGCCUGGGCUGCCUCCUGCUCCUGCAGCUCUGCCUGGGGCUGGAGCACCUGCGGGGGCAGAACCUGGCCCAGGGGGACCUCUGCCCCGAGAACCUGCUGCUGGUGCCGUGCUCAGGUCCCUCCUGGGGCCAGCAGGGCCAGAAGGAGCUGCCAGGACUGUCCCUCCCACGGCUGCUCAUCAGCAGCUUCUUCAAGGUGCAGGAGAAGCAAAGCCCCUGUUCCAGCAGCCAGGAGCAGGACUGGAGCCCCCUCGCUGCACCCUCCCCUCCAGCAGCAGCUGAGCUGAACGUGGGCAGGCUCAUCUAUCAGAUCUUGCACGUGGACAUCUCCCUGGAGAACAUUUUGGGUUGCAGAAGCAAAAGGCUCCCCGACAUCCCCUCGCUGUCCAUCUACUCGGCGGGGCUGAAGCGCUUGGCCACGCUGCUGCUGCACAGGGAUCCCCAGCACAGGGUGUCUGUCCAGCAGGCCAGGGCCAUCCUGCAGGUGCUGCUCUGGGGGCCACGCCAGCAGCUCUUUGCCAGGAGCAGGAGCAGCCUCACACUGCUCCAGGGCUGGCUGCAGGUCAAGAGGGCUCUGCUGCUGCUGAGGUUUGCAGAGAACUCGGCUGGGGCCAGGGCCAGCCCCGGUCUGGAGGAGUGGUUGUGCUGCCAGUACUUCCAGGGGGCCACAGAGCACACCCUCUACCAAGUCACCCAGCUUCUCUAUGCUCCCUAAACCAGUCUCCACAAAGGUCUCCUCAAAGCCAAGAGCUCACAGGGGUCUGGCCAAACCUGUCCCUGUCCAUGGCAGAGGAGUUGAAACUAAAUUAUUUUUAGUGUCGUUUCAGUCCAAAUCAUUCUAUGAUUCUGUGAAAUCCAAGCAGGUCCUCGCUGGCAAAGCUCUGCAAAACUAAACCCACUACCCCCAUAGCCCAUGAAUGAUGAAGUUGGGAUCAAACUACCAAACACAGGCUGUGGUUUUAUACCCUCAAACCGUUUUUGCUAAGUCUGGUUUAUCAGAACAUCUGAGGAAAGGCAGCUGGAUGGGAGCCUCAAGGACCAAUUUAGUGGCUGGUAAUCCCAAGAAAAGUUUAUGGGGUUCAGACUUUGCAGAAAACCCCCUCAGAUCCUUUUUGAGCCAUCAGGUUUUUGCUGUUUGAAAUAACACUCAAAGCCACCCAUCACAGCAAAGGAGGAACAACAGCUCCCUCAGCCUGUGCUUCCCAGAGACAAUUUGUGGCACAGUCACAAAUAAAAAUGACAUUUUAAAGGGAAAAAUAGAGCUUCAAUAAAACCUGGAGCUGAGCCUCUCAAACACUGGUCCUUUAUGUGCUUCUUUGCCAACAUUACACACUCCAGGGAUGGAUCCAGAGGGAAACACAAAUCCAAACUGCCCUGGCUCAGGGUGAUUACCCAGAACAGCCCCCAUGGGCUCUGGUGAACAGCUCAGGAUUGCUGGAUCAUUUCAGAGCACAUCCAUGAGUUCCAGUCAAGCAAAGAACGAGCAAAGCCUUUCCACACC